UUGCAACAGGGAAGACAGAGAAGCUACUGUAUUCCUACCUACCUUUGUGCAAUGCUGCGAAAAAUGGUGACUGGAAAACUGCUACAAGUUUUGUUGGGGAGAAUAGAAAUUUAUGACUGGCAAGGAUCGCAAUCUUUGCAGACACUGUAUUGAUGGUUGCCGCAAGUUCAUUUAAAUGGGAAUUUGUGGAGAAGCUGGUGGAACUUUUAACUCCGGAAAAGCUUGCAAUGCAAAAUGAAGGUGGUUGCACGGUUCUCCAUGUUCUUGCCAAUUCUGAAACGUAAAAUCUGCCGAAAUUCUGGUAAGAAAAUGUAGUGAGUUAACACAAAUUGUCUCCAGGAAAGGAGUAAGUCCACUACUGGUGUCUGUCAGGCGGUCUCUUUAUAAGGACAUGAUUUGGUACCUUGCUUUGGUAACAAGACUUGAGCUUAAUAGCCCUACCUGUCCCUUCACUGGGACUCUAUCCACCGAGCUCUUUUGUAAUCUCAUUUAUUCAGGUUUUAAUGAUAUAACCUUAUAUCUACUUCGGCAGUCCGAUGGCCACAUUAGAUAUCCUUCAGGCGAGUUGAAGGGCCGUAUGCUGCAUUGGUUGUCAACGGGGCCUUGGAACGUCGUUAUUAACAAAAACAGCCUUACUUUUAUUGAAAGAUGGUUAUAUAAAUUUAUUCAUGUGGAAAUCGGAAUACCGCCCCAUUCACUUAGAAACAAGGAAGGCGUCCCAGCAUUGACUCCCCCGGAACCAUCAAGGAGCUACUUAUCUCAAGAGUUUGUAUUUCUUGAGGAAAAUUUGUUAUAA